CGAAAGUGGUUUUAUGAGUGAUAAAAUUGUGGUCUACUGAAAUUUGACGAAGUAUUUGAAAGAGGUAGACAAUGAUUAGAUUCGCGAUAUUCUUUAUUGGUGUUUUGGAAUUUUCUUUCGCUCAAAACAAUAAUCGAAUCUUGGAAGCACCAGUUCCAGGAUUAUGUGCCCAAAGAACUAUUCACGAAAGGACUCCUGAUGGCAAAGGUUACUUCUUUAGUUGGAAAGACGCGAACACUAAAGGAGUUGAACAAGACUGGUUGACCACAAGGAAUUACUGCAGGAAGCGCUGUAUGGACUUAGUUUCCUUAGAAACGAGCGCUGAAAAUGAAUGGAUCAAGAGGCAUAUUGUUGAAGAUAAGAUAAAAUACAUUUGGACUUCGGGCCGCCUUUGCGACUUCCAGGGCUGCGAUCGCCCGGAUUUGCUGCCCAACAACGUGAACGGAUGGUUCUGGACGGCGGUUCUGCAGAAGCUGGCACCGACCACGCAAAGGGACCAGAACGACUGGUCCGAAUCGGGCGGCAUCGGCAAACCCCAACCGGACAACAGGGAAGCGAUACAAGGAGGCGCUACUGAAAAUUGUUUGGCCAUUUUGAACCAGUUUUACAACGAUGGUGUCAAUUGGCACGACGUCGCUUGCCAUCACGUCAAGCCUUGGGUGUGCGAGGAAAACGAAGAUCUCUUGAAAUACGUUAGAUACACUAACCCGAAUUUGUUGAUUUAAAAAAAAUGUGUUUUUCUGCAGAAUUGGUUUUAUGGUUCACUUCAGAUCGUUUUUUAGAUUUGAGUAUACCCAUACGCAACAUACUUUAACAGAAACUUUUUACCAGA